GUAUUUAUGGUUCGACGAAAAGGGGAAAAAAUGCAAAGUAGCGGCUCCACAAUAUGUAGACUACGUGAUGACGUUUACACAGAAAACUGUGAAUGAUGAAUCGAUAUUUCCCACCAAGUUCGAUAAAUCCUUCCCCAGUUCCUAUGAAUCCAUAGUGAAGAAAAUCUUUAGAUUGCUGCUGCACGUUGUAGCUCACAUUUACCAAGCCCACUUCAGGGAGAUGCUUCUCCUCAACCUUCACGCCCACCUCAACUCCCUUUUCUCCCACUUCAUGCUCUUCGCCCAACAGUUUAACUUGUUGGAAGAGAGUGACACUGAGAUGCUUCGGGACCUGGCCACAGCUCUGAAACUCUACUCUUCGGAGGACACAGGAACUGAAACACCGCUCAUUUCAAAGAAGUAUGAAACCAGUUUUUCUGGUCGUGAGAAAGACACUGACAAGCAACUUGUGACUGAGAGCUCGGCAAAUUCAGUGGCUCCAGAAAAUGACGUAUUAGUUAAGGCAGGAAACAAAAGAUCUGCCUCAUCUUAUAUCGUUGCGCAGUCCGUAUCUUCUCCUUCCAUAACGGCCUUACACAGGCGCGUUGGUUCUGGUGGACACUGCAAGUCUUGUGCAAUGGACUUGGCAAUGUUCACCAGAUCCUCUUCUUGUCGUUCUUCGCCAGUCCAAUUUCAAUAGUCAACCAUCUAAUGAGCAGUGGUGGUUAUUACCCCAGCAACUAAGGACCUUUUGUUAACUUAUAGCAACAUAUCUCACUAGCUCCAUCUGGUGGCAGAUAAAAUAGUUUAGCAUUACUUCCCAUUCUCACAUUGUCUUAUCAAAUGAGUGUUUGGAUCUUUAGUAUGACGUUAUCAGUUUCUAAUUCGGGAACUACAGAAGAUCAGAUUGUUAGAUAUUCCAUACGGUUAUUUUAUGGUGUAUAACCAACCGAGAGGUCUAAUUCAUAAAGACUCAUAAGUUAAAAGUUUUUCUUUUGUCUAAAUUCUUACGAAACUUAGCUGAACUUUUUUACACGUUUCUGUGCAUUUUUGUGAGAUUAAGUCACAGUAUUUAAUUCAAAAGUACAGUAACAUAAACUUUUACAGUAGACAGGCCCUUAAUUUAAUAAUUACAACGUUUCGACUCAUAGUAAAAGUUACAUUGAAAUGUAACGUUUACCUGAUGAUAACGCUAUUUGUUACCGUAAAAGUUGGUCUUAUUGUAUUUUUGAAAUAAUAAUUCAGUUUAGUAAGUUCCUCAGUAAACGUUAAGUCACAGUAACUUUAAGGUUUCGAAAUAAACCUUUUAUCAUUUUACUUUCACUAUCAUUACUUCAAAUUUCAGCUCUGGUAAAAUUUGUUACUAAAGAUAAACUCAUCUUUUGAUAAGUGAUAACUUUUUGGGCUUAUUUAUUUUCGCGUUAAACAUACGCAAAGUUUUAACUAGUUUUCUAUUGCUGACUGAUUACGUAAAUGAUACGAAAGUGGUUAUUCGGCUGGAUUCAAGUUUUUCUGCAAAACUUCCUGUUUUCCGCUUUAAUUUAA